AUGUAUGCAACAGUUUUAGCUACUGUAACGCAUAAGCCUCUUCGAAUUGUUGACGUUGACGUGCGACAGUGCCUGAUGACGAAUUUGGAAAAAAGUAUUUUGAGGAAGCAGCGCAAACAAUGUCGAGCCAGUGACAAUAAAGUAGUACACAAGCGCGACAAACAUCAAAAACAGAGAUUGUUGGUUGUAAAUGCACGAUCUCGACCGAAAAGGAGUAUAAGUGCAAGCACCGUGAUAGAAUUCAUCCCGAAGAAAGCCCCAUAUCACAUUGCCGAGAGUAUUACUGUUGCAGCAAAUCAAGUUCUCCGGAUACAUGCUGGGACGCGCCUCAUAUUUGACGAAAAUUCUGGAAUUAUUGCACACGGAGCUGUGCAAAUGAUUGGGACAAAAGAAGAACCCAUCUUACUUUACCCACAGAACAACACGUGGCGCGGUAUACUGCUUACUUUUAACAACGCAGCGGCAGCAAAGCAGUCGCUACUUAAGCAUGUAAAUGUUUCAAAAAGUGAACUGGGAGUUCGUAUUGAGUCAACUCUGAUACCAGAAAUAGAAAACUUUAUCAGUGAUAGCAAUGGUAAUGGUCUUACCAUUUUGGCCUACAGCAACAACAAUAACGAAAAAACAUUUCAGGCUGUAAUCAACUGUACUCUGAAAAAAAUCAUCGCCGUGAACAAUCGUGAACAUGGCUUGUCAAUUUAUGUUAGUCCAAGGCACCUGGUAAAAUCACUUUAUCUUCAAUCAUCCCGUAAGGCUAAUAGACCUUGA